AGGAGAGAAGGAAUUGAAGAGACAGAUGGAAAAAGGAAGGGAUGAGGAAUACUGAGGAACUGGGAGAGGUUACAAAGUGAGAAGACAGUGUCCAGUAGCCUCCAAUACAGAAGAAUCCAAUAUAUCAAUCCCUAAAUGGUGCUGGACUCAGGAGAGGGAACCAUGAAAGUUGUCUUUCUCCCCCAGUAGUGACUGGGCCCCUGGGGCGCCAACAAACUUGUUUGCCAGAUCUAACACUAGGAAGAUGUGGAGCAGGGCUACACUGAGCCGUUUUCCCAGCUUCCUGGUGCACUUAGAGGAAAGAGUCUUAAGAUGAGGCCCCUUCUCUCUUUCUUGCCAAGGGAACAGAAACAAGUGACACAGGUGGGAACCUAGUUAGUUUGGGUAGUCUUCCUCUCUCUCCUAUGCCUUCUACUAUAGACCUCAUUAAACCAGGUCAGUUUUGGUUCUCUGAUUCUCCUCUAUCCUAGAAAGGCAAAAAGAUGAACAAGUUUCUCACCUUCCUCGUGUAAGAAACUGGGAAUGGAAAAGGACUGAGCUCAGGGACAAGAGCAUGGAGACUAGGAGGCUUCCAAGUAUAACUCAUUUAUCUCAUACCUCUUAGGGCCCCAGAUAGGCAGUGAAAAUUCAAAGGAAUAAUUUUGCUCAAGAGAGGGAAAAAGGAAGACGCUCAGCUGGGUGGAUCUUUGGAGAAGUUUCCUCAAGAUGAGAGCUUCUGCUCUGUCUCUUAUCUCAAAUCUCAGUUUGCCUUUGAAGGAGACUUGAGUGAUGCAGAGCUGAGCGAAGGAAGGCUAAAACUAGCAUACUACUACCCUGCCCUUGUCCUGGGUGGUAUCUGGCCUUACACUAGUGAUUCUGGGGAGAGUCGCCCUUGCCCCUUCCCAACCCCAGUAUAACCAGGAUCCCACCUUUUGUCCCACCAGGACUAUCCCCUUGUCUCCACCCUAUGAUUUCUUUCUCUCUCCCUUUAAGCUCACGGAAAACAGCCCUUUUCUGCCCCAGUUCCCAUGGAUGCCUUGGCAAUGUCUGGCACAAUCCUUGGCAGGGAAGUGAGAAAGGGAACCCCCAACCAGGCAGGACUAGGCAGAAAGCUACCCAUGCAACAGGUGUUGAGGUGAAGAGGCCUACCCAGCUCACCGAAACUUCCCCCUUUCUCAAGGUUUAGGCAACAUCGUCCUUUGCUGCAACGUCCAGUACUGUAUCGGGUGGGCACCUGUUGGGGCAGAAACUGCCUUCCUGGUAUCAGUCUGGGGUGUCCAUUCCUCCCCAGUACCAUGAUGGGGGUUGCUUUCGCGGUCUCCUGGACACAAGGGCCCAGACACGCCACGCUCUCACCUGGGACCCCCUCCUGAGUCGGCCGCCCGUCCCCCGCCCCGGCCUCUUCAGUCUCCCCCUGUCUCCCCAUUUUCCUGUCUACCCCAUUCCUCCCUCUGCCUCCCUCUCUCCUUCAUCUCUCUCUUGCCUCCAGGUCACCUGCGCCCUCCCCCUCCUCCGCUCGGGUUGCGCUAUCUCCGAGUCCCGGCACCCCCUCUGCUCCCUCCUCCGCGCCAGCCCUUUGUUUCCCGGCGGAGUAGUUCCUGGGUUGCGGAGCGUCUCUGUCUCCGCAUCUCUCCUCGCUCCGCCUCCUCCCUGCCUGGAUUCGCCCCGCCCGCAGCCUCUCCUCCCCUUCCUCCCCGCCGCCCCUGCCCCCUAGGUGCCUGGGGACCCACCGUCUGCCCAGCUCCCGGCUGCUACCCGCUCCCGGCCGAGUCCCGGGCUCCCCGGUGACCCGCGCCCCCGCCGCCGCCCCCGCCUUCUCCCGGGGAGGGGGUCAGGUGGGCGGGCACUAUUGUUGUUGGAGCCGGCGCCAGAUUCCUCAGCCGGGCUCGGGGUGGGACUGGCUGGGUUUGGGGGGGUGGGGUGGGGGGAGCGGUGAUUUGAGCUCGGAGCAGCUGGUCUUCGCGGCUCGCUCCCUCCUUCGCGCUCCCUCGCUCUCCGCCGCCGCCCGCAGGGCUGCGGGGCUCGGUGGCAUCUCCCGGGCGCGGCCCGCCAUCCUCGCCCCUGCCUCCGGGCCUCUCCCGCCCCCGGCGCCGGUCGCUUCCCCGCACCCGGACUCCCCCAUGUAUGACGACUCCUACGUGCCCGGGUUUGAGGACUCGGAGGCGGGUUCAGCCGACUCCUAUACCAGCCGCCCAUCUCUGGACUCUGACGUCUCCCUGGAGGAGGACCGGGAGAGUGCCCGGCGUGAAGUGGAGAGCCAGGCUCAGCAGCAGCUUGAAAGGGCCAAGCACAAACCUGUAGCAUUUGCGGUGAGGACCAAUGUCAGCUACUGUGGCGUACUGGACGAGGAGUGCCCAGUCCAGGGCUCUGGAGUCAACUUUGAGGCCAAAGAUUUUCUGCACAUUAAAGAGAAAUACAGCAAUGACUGGUGGAUCGGGCGGCUAGUGAAAGAGGGUGGGGACAUCGCCUUCAUCCCCAGCCCCCAGCGCCUAGAGAGCAUCAGGCUGAAACAGGAGCAGAAGGCCAGGAGAUCUGGGAACCCUUCCAGCCUGAGUGACAUUGGCAACCGACGCUCCCCUCCUCCGUCUCUAGCCAAGCAGAAGCAAAAGCAGGCGGAACAUGUUCCCCCAUAUGAUGUGGUGCCCUCCAUGCGACCUGUGGUGCUGGUGGGACCCUCUCUGAAAGGGUAUGAGGGUCUGUGUGUAGAAGGGGUGGACUUUGGAGUCAUGCAUGGGGGUGCUGUCCCUCUCCAAAAGGGCUCUCCAUCAGUUCCAUGCCCUCCCUCCCAGGUCACAGACAUGAUGCAGAAGGCUCUCUUCGACUUCCUCAAACAUAGGUUUGAUGGCAGGAUCUCCAUUACACGUGUCACAGCUGACCUCUCACUGGCAAAGCGAUCUGUGCUCAACAAUCCUGGCAAGAGGACCAUCAUUGAGCGUUCUUCUGCCCGCUCCAGCAUUGCUGAAGUACAGAGCGAGAUUGAGCGCAUAUUUGAGCUGGCCAAAUCCCUGCAGCUAGUAGUGUUGGAUGCUGACACCAUCAACCACCCCGCACAGCUGGCCAAGACCUCUCUGGCUCCCAUCAUCGUCUUUGUCAAAGUGUCCUCACCAAAGGUACUCCAGCGUCUCAUCCGUUCCCGGGGAAAGUCACAGAUGAAGCACCUGACUGUACAGAUGAUGGCAUAUGAUAAGCUGGUUCAGUGCCCACCGGAGUCAUUUGAUGUGAUUCUGGAUGAGAACCAGCUGGAGGAUGCCUGUGAGCACCUAGCUGAGUAUCUAGAGGUUUACUGGCGUGCCACCCACAACCCAGCCCCUGGGCCUGGACUUCUGGGUCCUCCCAGUGCCAUCCCUGGACUUCAGAACCAGCAGCUGCUGGGGGAGCGUGGCGAGGAGCACUCACCCCUCGAGCGGGACAGCUUGAUGCCCUCAGAUGAGGCCAGUGAGAGCUCCCGCCAAGCCUGGACAGGAUCUUCACAGCGUAGCUCUCGCCACCUAGAGGAGGACUAUGCAGAUGCCUACCAGGAUCUCUAUCAGCCUCACCGCCAACACACCUCGGGGCUGCCCAGUGCUAACGGGCAUGAUCCCCAGGACCGGCUCCUGGCCCAGGACUUGGAGCACAACCACAAUGACCGGAACUGGCAACGCAACCGGCCUUGGCCCAAGGAUAGCUACUGAUAGCCUCCUGCUGCCCUGCCCUGGCAGGCACAGACAAAGCUGGCCGGGGCACCCACUCCAGGCAGGGUGGAGUUAGACUGGCAUUAGGCUGGCACUAGGCUCAGCCCCCAUGACCCCCUGCCCAGCCCCAACUUCAGAGCUGCCUGUGGUCCCAAGGUUCUCGGAGAAGCAGGAGGCCCCCUCCCCUCCUGGGCAGUGACCCCCACUAGGCUCCCAUUCCAGGUACUAGCUGUGUGUUCUGCACCCCUGGCACCUUCCUUCUCCUGCACAAGAAGCUGCCCCACUGGGCAGUGCCCUCAGGCCAGGAUCCCCUUAGCAGGGGCCUUCCCACCAGACUCAGGGAAGGGAUGUCCCCUCAGUGAUAAGAGGGUAGGGGUGUGAGCAGCAUGACAUGAGUUAAAAACACAGUCCCUGAGCAGGCAUAAAUACUAAAAGUCUAGGGACUCAGGGAUUGUGCUUUGGGGUGCAAGGGUCUCCACUCACCUCACUGCCACACAUUAGAAAUGAGACAAUCAAAGCCCACCGUCCGUUAACUGAGUUGGGCAUCCACAUACGAUACCAGAGCAGCAGGCUGGUCAGGCUGGGGCCCAAGAACAGUCUCACGGCUGAAACUCAUGGAGGACAGGGCUCUCCUCAUCCUGCCAGGAAGCUUCUUCACAUCUGAUAGGACCAGGGACCAGGAGCAUGGUCAAGCCAAAUGAAGACAGGAGCCAACCCGGACUAGGGGUUUGGGGAAGGAGAGCAUGUAGCAGAGAACUGGAACAGCUUCAGCCGCCUCCUUGCCUUUCUCAUUUUUUCGCCCUUGCAUCCUGUCAUUUGUUCUUCUCCCUCAUACCUCCUGGGAGAUAGGAGCUCCAGACUUUGUUCCCUGAAUCCUAGCUGCUGCUUGUUAUGUUAGGGUUAGAUGGGGAGAGAUGGGACACGAUGGACAGCCCCUAGAGGCCCUGUCUACCCAGCUACUCUUGCCUUAUGGCUCUAGUGUGUGACCUACAGAGCAUGCUCCACAAGACCCUGCCUCACCUGUCAUCAACAAUAAACACCAUGCAUAGUC